AUGGAUUCAUAUGGCUUUCUUCCACCAUUUUCCUUUUUCUUCAAAAUCUCCGAGGAAACCCACCAGCUUUCCCUGGCAACAUUCUUCAGGAUAGACGUCUUCAGCGUGAUCGUGUUUCUCCAGUGUUACCUCAAUGAACAGGGAGACCGGGUCUAUACCCUGAAGAAGUUUGACCCUAUGGAACAACAGACCUGCUCAGCCUGUCCUGCUCAGUUCUCCCCAGACGACAAAUACUCUAGGCACCGAAUCACCAUCAAGAAACGUUUCAAGGUGCUGAUGACCCAGCAACCAUACCAUGUACUCUGA